AUGACAAUUGCUAUUGAAGAGAUGUUUCCAGAUUCUCAUCAUCGUUUGUGUCUUUGGCAUAUAAUGAAAAAAUUACCAGCAAAAUUAAGUGGACAUGCUCAAUAUAAGCUGAUAAAGAAACAAUUGAAGAAUAUUGUUUACAACUCGCUUACUAUUGAUGAAUGUGAUAAGAAUUGGAUGAAAAUGAUUGAGGAUUUUAAUUUAGAGAAUAAUGACUGGUUGAAAUCUUUGUAUGAACAGCGGAAUAGAUGGAUACCUGUGUACGUCAAGGAUAAGUUUUGGGCAGGUUUACAUAGUGUGGCUUUCUCUCGCCUGGUAGUUUGGUUUACAAAGUUUUUUGAGUUUAUAAAGGACCAGUUUGCUCUUCCAUCUGUUAUGUUGCCUGCUUUAGGUGGUUUAGGAGCAGGCAUGAUAGCUCUCAAGGACCCUGGAAUUCUAUACUGGGGUUUCACAAAUGUUGAAGAAAUUUUACAUACGGGAAAGAGUGCUUCAGCACCAGGAAUAUGGCUUUUAACUCAACUAGUUUGUGCAAAAGUAGUAGCUACUGCUAUUUGCAAGGGUUCUGGACUUGUAGGUGGCCUUUAUGCGCCAAGCUUGAUGAUAGGUGCUGCCCUUGGUGCAGUUUUUGGAGGCUCAGCUGCAGAACUUAUAAAUUCAACAAUUCCAGGAAAUGGUGCUGUUGCUCAGCCCCAGGCUUAUGCAUUAGUUGGAAUGGCUGCUACACUGGCUUCAGUUUGUUCGGUUCCACUAACCUCAGUACUGUUGCUCUUUGAGCUAACAAAGGACUACAGAAUAUUGCUUCCACUCAUGGUAACUAAUGGAUUUCAUUUAUUGUUCAUCUUAUUCUAA